AUGGGAACAUUAAAAACUAUAUUUAAAAAACUUUCUGGUGACACUAAAACUCUAUAUGAAUAUGAAACUUAUAGCUAUAAAGAUAUCCAAUCUCAAUGGAUUAUUUAUCAAGAUAAUUUACAUUAUUUAUGCAAUACAAAUGUUCUCGGUCAAUCGGUUUUUAAAAUAUAUCGUGUUGUAUUAGUUCGAAUGCCUGUUGAAAAUAUGGAAGAUAUUAUUGGGUUAUAUUUAUUUCCUGAUGAAAAAAAAUCUUCAUCGAAUUUUUUUUCCAUCAAUAAGAAAACAAUAAUUAAUAACCGAUGUAAUAAGACAAUAACACCUAUACCGAAAUGUUUUUUAUUUGAAUUGAAAUUUAUUGAUAAAGAAAAUGCGGAAAUAUUUGGUGCAAAAGAUGAUCCAACACGAACGAUUUGGGUGAAUAUGUUAGAAAAUCUUGUUUUAAAACUAAAAUUACCACCGGCAGAUCCUGUACUUGGAUAUUUAACACCGAUACCUAUCGAAGAAUCUCGAGAUAAACCAUCGAGUUCUUUAAAACAGGGUACUAAUGGUUGUAAUAUAAAUAAACAAGAAAUAUUCAAUUCUUCCAGAAGUCAAUCUAAUCCAGAUAUGUCACCUUAUUCUGUAGUUGAUCCAGUUCAUCAUUCGAGAUCAUCUGUUCCAUUAAAAUCAAAUAAUGAUAUACAUAUUCAACAAAAUAAAAAAAUGUUAUGGAAUGAUAUUUAUUAUUCGAAUGAAAAUAAUGAUUAUAGAAGUGUUAUUACUAAAACGGGUGAAUAUGGUACUUUUCUUAUUCGGCCUCAAUCGAAAAAAACAAAUUCAAACGAUCACAAUUAUACAUUAUGUUUGUAUCAUAAUUCGAGUGAUGUUCGAUGUUUUAGAAUAGAAGAAUUUCCAGGAAAUCGAUAUGGUUUAUCAAAAAAAGAUAAUCGAAAGUUUGUCGAUAUAAUUCAACUGUGUCAAUACUAUACAACUCAUGAAUUACCUAUGGAUAUACGAAAUGUUUAUCUUAAAAAACCUUAUAAAUAUAACGAACAUGAAAAUUAUUAUAUUGAAUAA